AUGGCCGCGAGAUCGUCAUCGCGGAACGGGCGCCGGCGCUCGUUUCUGAUUCUGCAAGAUGACCCUCCACCGUUGUCACCGCGCGGCCAAGGCACCCUCAGCCACCUGAUCCGGAACCGCUCCCAGUCCUCACUGCAUCACUAUGGAAGCACAUGGCGGCACAGCUCUGCCAGCGGUGUGUCUGAUGACGAGGAAAAUACUCUCUCUCCGUUCCUUACCAACGACUCCGAUGCCAGUGAGCGGCGCCACGCGCCCUCGGAUGAGCGCCGCAUGAAUGAUGUCCUGCAUAGCGAGCAGAUGCGCUCCAUGCGCCUCAUCGGCAACUCCAAUCCUCGCUACCGCUGGGAGCGCUACUGGAAGACCGAGGAGCAGCUCCAGUACUUCAGGAAGCCUCUCCGCGAGUACUACGAGCGCACAAACUAUCUUAUCCAGCAGUAUCUCUACAUUGACAGAUUGCUCGACAGCAGUAUCCCGCACGACCUUGUCAACGAGUACAACAACAUGCCGCCGAGCUCGUUCCGUGGAGUUGAGGUGCCCGCCACAAUUUCGGAGGAGCCCACAAUCAUUGUGUCCCCCGACGGCAAUGGCGAGGUCUCUGGCCUCACUUCUGGCGCUGGGAGCUCCAGCGUAUCCCUGAUGGAUGCGGCGGCAGGUGCAGAUGGCGAGAAUGGUAUCGAUGCGCCGUCCCGGACCAAGAAGGUCAAGCGCACACCCAAGGACAUCUAUCGGCCCACGGAGACGACACCGUUGUUCAAGUUCGAUGAGGACGAGGAAGACGACGGCAUGCCGAAGCCAGACAUUCCCUGGCUCGAGGAAGACGACGACCUCGACAGUUCGGACCGCAUCGUCAUGGUCGCCAUCUACGUCAACUUCACCGCCAACCUGAUCCUCCUGGCCGGCAAGGUCGCCGUCGUGGCUUCUGUGUCCUCCAUGUCCGUCUUGGCCAGUCUGGUCGACGCCAUCCUCGACUUUCUCUCCACGGCUAUCGUGUGGACGACGACUUGGCUCGUCAGCCGGCAGGACCAGUAUCGAUACCCGGUCGGCCGCCGGAAGCUAGAGCCCCUGGGCGUGCUGGUGUUCUCCGUCAUCAUGAUAACUGCGUUUUCCCAAGUCGCGUUGCAGUCGAUCCAGAGACUGUUUGAGCCUGAUCAUGAGGUCAUUGCGUUGGACCUCCCUUCCUUGUGUAUCAUGAUAGGCACAGUACUCGUGAAAGGCGUGUGCUGGCUUUGGUGCAGAUUAGUGAAAAACUCGAGUGUCCAGGCGUUAGCGUCUGACGCAAUGACGGACAUAAUCUUCAACACCGGAUCCAUCCUGUUCCCUAUUGUGGGCUUCUAUGCCAAUAUCUGGUGGCUCGACGCCGUCGGUGGUCUCGUCCUGUCGCUCGUCGUCAUCUAUCAAUGGUCUCACACGACGAUGGAGCACAUUAAGAAUCUGAGCGGCUUCAGCGCGACCGCGGACCAGCGUAACACACUGCUCUACCUCACAAUGCGCUUCGCCAAGACGAUCAAGCAGAUCCAAGGCCUGCAGGCGUAUCACUCGGGCGACAAGCUUAACGUCGAGGUCGACAUUGUGCUCGACGCGUCGACGACGCUGCGCGACGUGCACGACGUCAGCGAGUCCCUAUGCUACGUCCUCGAGUCGGUCCCCGUCGUCGACCGCGCGUUCGUCCACGCCGACUACGCUACGUAUAACCUGCCUACGCACAUGCGGCGGCACUAA